AUGUCAUUUAUAUACGAUAUCGGCGUAGCCGCCAUCACAGGAGUAGGGAUCUAUACCGCUCUAUCCGCGGUUAACCUCGUUUAUGUGUACUUCAUACGCCAAGGCAAUGACCUGAAGAAAUAUGGGAAGUGGGCUGUUAUUACAGGUGCUACUGAUGGGAUCGGCAAAGCUUACGCAUUCGAACUUGCCAAGAAAGGUCUUGAUAUAGUUCUGGUGUCCCGAACACAGUCAAAGCUCGAGGAAGUACGAAGAGAGAUUAUGACCAUUCACGACGUCGAAGUGAAGGUAAGACUUUUGCAAUAUUCCUUAUACGGCCCCGGAUAUCAAUAA